ACCAUGAUGCUUGAUCUGAAGUUGAAGAAUGGAAGAUGAUAAAGGCGGGUACUUGUUCAGCUUACUCUUUCUCCAACUUUAUCAAGCGAAAUUCUCUCUUUCUCAAAACGAAAGGUCUUUGCAGUGUCAUUCCUUCAAGCUCUUCGCUUCAGCUUCACUCUCAUUUAAAUUUAGACUAUUUUGUCUCUGCUUUAAUUGUUGCUUUAAACUCUUGCUCUCGUGUCUCCUACUGUCAGGCUAUUCAUGCUCGAGUUAUCAAAUCUGUGAAUUACCGUCAUGGAUUCAUCGGUGACCAGUUGGUUACAAAUUAUGUAAUACUAGGAUAUCCGGAAGAUGCACAGACUUUGUUUGAUGAAAUGCCUGAAAAAGAUUUGGUGUCCUGGAAUUCUUUAAUUUCAGGAUCACGAAGUGGGUUUACAGCUAGAUACACGAAUGCCUUUAGUAGAAUGAGAUUUGAAAUAGAUAUGCAACCAACUUUUGUCACUUUUUUAUCUAUAAUAUCAGCUUGUAGUGAUAAGGGAGCUUUAAGUGAAGGCAAGUGCAUUCAUGCCUUUGCAGCGAAACUGGGUAUGCUAAAUGAAGUGAAAAUUGCGAAUGCUCUUUUAAAUAUGUAUGGAAAGUCUGGAUAUUUACUUCGAGCUUGUUCGUUAUUUGAAGCAACUCUGUGGCAUAAUUUAGUGUCUUGGAAUUCAAUGAUUGCAAUUUACGUUCAAAAUGAGCUUGCUGAGGAAAGUCUGGGAGUUUUCGUUACGAUGAGAAGGGCUGGAGUUGAGUUUGAUCAUGCUACUAUGUUGACUGUUCUUCAAGCUUGUGAAAACUUGGGCUUCAGAAAUUUAGCUGGGUGCAUUCAUGGUUUAGUUUUAAGGUCUGGUUUAACUGCUAAUGUGAGUGCUGCAACUGCACUUUUGAACUUGUAUGCGAAGUUAGGGUGUUUACCUGCUUCAAGUAAGGUUUUUGGAGAGAUUAUAUAUCCGGACAAAGUGGCGUGGACUGCCAUGCUUGCAGGCUAUCCUGUGCAUGGCUAUGGAAAAGAUGCAAUAAAGCUCUUUGAAGUUAUGGUGAGAAAUGGUGUACGGCCUGAUCAUGUUACCUUCACUCACUUGUUAAGUGCUUGUAGUCAUUCGGGUCUUGUCAACGAGGGAAAGCAUUACUUCAAGAUUAUGUCUGAAGUUUACGGGGUGGAGGGUAAGUUGGACCAUUAUUCUUGCAUGGUUGAUCUUCUUGGCCGGUCGGGCCUUCUCAAUGAUGCUUCUGAUAUGAUUAGAUGCAUGCCAAUGGAGCCAAGCUCUGGUGUCUGGGGUGCUCUACUUGGUGCUUGCAGAGUCUACGGUAAUACCGAACUUGCAAAGGAAGUUGCAGAGAGAUUAUUUUCUAUAGAUCCGUCAGAUGCCAGAAACUACAUCAUGCUGUCAAAUAUUUAUUCUGCAGCUGGACUGUGGAGAGACGCUUCAAAAGUGAGGGCAUUAAUGAAAGAGAGGUCUCACAGAACACCUGGAUGUAGUUUUGUAGAGCAUGAAAAGAAAAUUCAUCGGUUCGUUGCGGGUGAUAGAUCUCACCCUGAGGCGGAUAGGGUAUAUAAGAAGCUCGAAGAAUUAAUUGGAAAAAUAAGGAAAGCUGGUUUCUUGUCCAAAACAGAGUUCGUUUUACAUGAUGUUGAUGAAGAGCUGAAAGAGAAUAUGAUCAAUGAACAUAGUGAGAAGUUAGCCAUGGCCUUUGGGCUUUUGGUGACUGAUGCUUCACUGCAACUAAUUAUUACAAAAAACCUUAGAAUAUGUGGUGAUUGUCAUAGUAUGGCAAGGGCUGUAUCGCUGAUUGAGAAUCGUACCAUCAUAAUUCGAGAUCCAAAGCGGUUUCAUCACUUUUGCAAUGGAUUAUGUUCUUGUGGAGUUACUGGUAAUCCCUCUACCAUAGUGUUCUGUCGGCUAACUUAA